AUGAGGCAUGGAGUUGCUGCUGCACUUCUUCCAUUAGCUACAGCGUUCUGUCGCAAAUUGUGCACAGGAGUAAUUCAAUUUGCAUACACAUGCAUUCAGGAACAUGCAGUUUGGCAGAAUCAACAGUUCUGGGAGGCAGCAUUUUACCAAGAUGUGCAGAAAGAUAUCAAGGCUUUGUACCUUCCUCGCUUAGAUGGUGUCCCUCCCAUGAGAUUGGGUUGUGAUGCUGGUCUCAGCCCUAUCAGCCCUCGAGAAAGCAAAGAAUUUCCUUGGAAAGAUCGUCGUUCAGGAUACUCCCGUGUUCAAGAGCCUUCUGCAUUAGAGAUUGCUGCAGAACAGAUGCGGUUAUGGCCAUCUUUGGAUCCUGACAAACAGUCAGAACUGAUGAGUAGUGAAGAAUCUACUUUGUACAGCCAAGCCAUUCACUAUGCCAAUAGAAUGGUAUACUUAUUGGUUCCUGUUGACUCCAGCUGUCGAAGUCAUCGACCAGAAACAGGUCCAUUUGAUGAAGAGCGUGCCAGCAACAGCAUAACAAACAGUGUUGCAGAGAGUGAUAGUGCUGAUGCGGAGUCGGGGUUUGAGGAACAGGAUCCUGGUGAGACAGGCACUGCAGUUGUGCGACUGGUCUCACGCUUCGUGGAUAAGGUGUGCACAGAAGGUGGAGUCAGCUCAGAACACAUACGAGCUCUGCAUCAGAUGGUUCCUGGGGUAGUGCAUAUGCAUAUUGAAACAUUAGAAGCUGUCCAUAGAGAGUCGAAGAGAUUACCUCCCAUACAGAAGCCCAAGAUACUGACACCCAGCAUGCUGCCUGGGGAGGAGGCUGUGUCAGAGGGUCUUCGGGUGUACUUGCUGCCUGAUGGACGUGAGGAGGGUGCUGGAGGGACAUUGGGAGGACCUCCCUUACUUCCUGCAGAGGGAGCCAUCUUCCUCACUAACUACCGCAUUGUGUUCAAGGGAACGCCCUGUGAUCCAUUCGCAUGUGAGCAGCUGGUUGUGCGCUCAUUCCCUGUAACAUCUCUUACUAAGGAGAAGCGAGUCACAGUGCAGUAUCUUGCCCAUCUUGACCAGUGGUUGCAAGAAGGUUUGCAACUUCGUUCCUGUACAUUUCAGCUUAUUAAACUUGCAUUUGAUGAAGAGGUGACCGCUGAGAGCAUUGAGAGCUUCCGCAAGAUGGUACAUCGGGUGCGCCAUCCAGCGCACAUUCUUCACCAUUUUGCUUUCAUCGGUCAGGCUGCGGUCCCACAAACUCCUUUGCACAAGGGGAAGGAAAAGAAUGCAACUCUCAAGGGUUUCGCUAAGAAGACGCUGUUGAAGACUGCCCGUAAAGCGGGCUUCAAGCCCAAGCCGUCGUCCAAGCGCCAGAAGUACGUGCUGCCUAGCGUGGGCGCGGCCAGCAAAUACCUCACAUCGCCCGGUCGCAUGAGCCUGCCGCUCACCGAGCCCGGGGACUUCGGCGCCGACGAUGACCUGUCCAUCGCUGACGACUUCGAGGUGCCGCCGCCGGGCCUGGCCCCGGCGCCGCCGCCGGCCGACGCGAAGACGUUGGAGCGGCUGGCCGAGCGCUCGUACGUGCGCGACUGGGCGCGGCUGGGACUGGCGCCACCGGGCGCGGGCAGCAGUGCGGCCGCGGGGCCCGGCGCACGCAUUCCCAACGAGCCUUUCCGACUCUCCACCGUCAACAGCGCCUACAUGAUGUGCCGCAGCUACCCGGCGCUUCUGGUGGUCCCUGUGAACGUGACGGACGAGAGCGUGCGUCGCUUCGCGCGCUGCUUCCGGAACAACCGCGCGCCCGUGGCGACGUGGCGCCACCCGCGCACCCGCGCGCUGCUGGUGCGCGGCGCGGCGCAUCACGGCAAGGGGGUGAUGGGCAUGCUGAAGGCGCACCCGGCGGCGGCGGGGCGGCCGGGUGGCGCGGGCGUCGCCGCCUCGGCCUCCGAGGCCUCCACCUCGUCGGUGGAGCUGGAGCGCUACGUAGCGGCGCUGGUGGCGGCCACGCCCAUCGCCGUGCUCCGCCAGGGAUCCGCCUGGGGCAUGUCGGACAGCUCGCUCAGCAUCGACUCGUUGCUGCUUGCGGCCGACGAGGCCCAGCAGGCCCAUCAUGUGCACGCCCAUGCACACGCACACUCGCACAUGCCCGCCGCGGGCACGCUGACGCUGACCCCGGAAGUGGCACGCCGCAGCAACCCGUUCGCCAAAGCCGCUGGCACGCUUGGGGUGUUCCCGCGCUCGAGCGGUGGCAAAGGCGGUGGCGGCGGCGGCAAGGCAGCCGUGUUCGGGCGCUGGGGCUCGCUCAAGGACCGGCGCCACAGCUCGCAGGCGUCGCUGAGCGCGCUGGCUGCGGCGGGCGGGGGCGGCGGCGUGGGCGGCGGCGCGGGCGGCGGGCGUACGGGCGUCGCGGGCCAGCAGCGCCUCUCCGCCGCCGACUCCGACUCGGGCACCGAGUGCGUGCAGACGCUCCAGCGCGCCGCGCUCUACGUGCUGGGCGAGAAGGCGCACGCGGCCAAGGCGGCCCACAAAGGCUCGACGUCGUCGGGCGACGCGCACGCCCUUGCUCUCAAGACGGACUUCGUGCCCGUCGAGUACUUCGACGUGCGCCACGCCAAGGCCGCCUUCAAGAAGCUGAUGCGCGCCUGCAUCCCGAGCGCCGCCUCGCCCAACCCCGACCCCGAGCAGAGCUUCCACAAGUUGGUAGAGAGCUCAGAGUGGCUGCAGCAACUGCAGAAUAUCAUGCAACUAGCAGGUGCUGUUGUGGACCUGUUAGAUGUACAGGGUUCCUCUGUGAUGCUGUGCCUGGAGGACGGUUCUGAUGUAACUGCCCAGGUGUCAUCUGUAGCACAGGUGUGCCUUGAUCCAUACUACCGUACCCUGGAAGGUUUUCGCACUCUUCUGGAGAAAGAAUGGCUAGCCUUUGGCCAUCGCUUCUCUCAUCGGAGUAACCUGGCAGCUGGUGCUCAGGCCUCUUCCGGCUUUGCACCAACUUUCCUUCAGUUCCUUGAUGUUGUACAUCAGAUUCAGCAUCAGUUUCCGCUUGCAUUUGAGUUCAAUGACUAUUACCUGCGCUUCCUGGCAUAUCAUUCAGUAUCAUGCCGCUUUCGUACCUUUCUCCUGGACUGUGAACUUGAGAGAGUGGAACAUGGAAUUGCAGCAGCAGAGGACAAACGUGGUUCCCUAGCUGGUGCUGGACGAACGCCUCGUCCCCAUUUGGAUGCUACUGGCUCUGAUGAUGAAUCCGUCUAUCCAGGUGGACGAUUGGCUGGCAGUAAUUCCACCCCCAACCUUGGUCAAUCUGUUUUUGAUUACAUUGAAAAGCAACAUGCCCGCUCACCCUUGUUCUAUAAUUUCAUGUAUACUCCUGACAGUGAUCACCCUGUACUCAGGCCACAGUCACAUCUGCCUGCUCUUGGACUGUGGCAGUACUAUCUCGGAGAGCAACUGGCUCAUGGGCCCAGCUAUGAUCUAGAAGUCAUCCAGUUGGACUCUCAGCAGGAAGAAGAGGCAGAGGCUGCUGAUGGCACAGUGAACCUCUCUUCACGGCGAGUGGUAACAAUGGGGUAUGAUGAUAUAGAUAGGUGUGUUCCUGAUGCUUUUUCACAUCUACUGGAGGAAAUCCGAAGAUUGGAGACAGAGCUUGGACACCUACCUCAAAAAUGGAAAGUACUAUGGGACAAACUGGAGUUACCUUCAACAGAUUCUCUCACGAGGCAUGCAUCGUUCAGCACUCAAUUGGUGCGCUCACAUGGACGUCUUCUUCACAAACGUUCCACACUUGAGAUCUUGAUGCGAGGGAAGCUAACUGGAAUGCGAUGUAUGGACUGUGGGUACAGUUGUCAUGAAAAGUGUGUGGAUGGUGUUCCAAAGAACUGCACAAAGUACAAAGCUGUUCAAGAUGGCAACCUCACAUCACAAACCCUCACCCGCACCGGGGGUGACACUGGCUCUGUUAGUUCUAGUGUUACUACCAUCCAAACAUCAAGCCAACAAUAUUAUGACCAAUUUUCAUCUAAUGUUGCUGAAAAUCGUACUCAUGAAGGCUACCUGUAUAAAAGAGGUGCAUUGUUGAAAGGUUGGAAGCAAAGAUGGUUUGUUUUAGACUCUAUCAAACAUCAGCUACGUUAUUAUGAUGCAAUGGAAGACUCUCACUGUAAAGGCUACAUAGAUUUGGCAGAAGUAGUUUCUGUACUGCCAGCUCCUCCAGCGCCUGGACCUCCAAAGAAAACUGACGACAAAUCAUUUUUUGAUAAAAAGGAAGAUGAAACAAACAGAACUACCCAAGAGACUCUUGGUCUUGGAGCUUCUAGUGAUUUUGUUUUAGUCAUGUUAUUGAGAUUUCUCCUAAGCUUGCCUGUUGAAGCACACAUGUCCUGCAACAUCAGUUUUUCAAUUCCUCCUUCCUCCUAUCAUAUUUGUAAAAAAGAAAGAAGGAAAAAAAAAAAGAAGAUACAAAUAGAUAAAAAGAGUAGAGUUCUUCAAGCCUAUCUACUUUACUUUUGA